UUCUUCUAACCCUUGCAUCAUUAUCUCUGCAUGUCCCCCCCCCCUCCUUGGGUCUAUUAAAGGCACCUUCAGAAGAUGGCAAGCUGGCGACUGGAGCAGGAAAGAAGGGCAAGAAAGAGGAGGAGGAGCCUGCAGCAGUGAAAGAGGAAGAGCAGGAGGAAGAGGAGUAUGUGGUGGAGAAGGUUUUGGACCGCAGAGUGGUGAAGGGAAGAGUAGAGUUUCUGCUGAAAUGGAAGGGGUUCUCAGAUGAGGAGAACACAUGGGAGCCACAAGACAACCCGGACCUGGACCUUUUCGCCGAAUACAUGCAAAACACAAGGAGACGGAGGAGAAGAAGAAGAAGGGCAAGAGGAAAGUUGUCGAGGAGGAG